AGGAAGGGGCGGGGCUGCGGCCCUGUAACCGUCGCUCGGGGUGGUUGUUUUCGUAGCUCGUUGACGGUCCGGUCCGAUCGGCCCCGGCUCCUGCUGUGUCGCAGAGGCGAUUCCGGCCAGGCCAGGUGGGGGCGGCAGCCCAGGGAUUCUUUUUGGAAAAUGCCAAACAGAAGAUUUGCGACUGGUGAGGUGGUGAUGGGUCGUUGGCCAGGAAGUGUCCUCUAUUAUGAAGUACAAAUAACUAGCUAUAAUGACCUCACUCACCUUUACACUGUUCAAUACAAAGAUGGAACUGAGCUUGAGUUGAGGGAAAGCGAUAUAAGGUCUGUAUCAUCAUUUAAACCUCGAAAAAGCAAUUCUUCCUCAAGUUCUCCUUCCAGACGCAGUGGUAGCCGAUCCAGAUCUCGUUCUCCUGGUCGGUCAGCAAAAGGCAAACGUCGUUCUUCCUCCCAAAGCAGAGAAUCUAGAGAUGAGAAAAAGAAAACAGUUCGGGAAACUAACUUAACUCUUCUGAAACUGAAUGAGAACAACACUAGCAGGUAUAAUGGUGAACCUGAUAGUACAGAAAGGAAUGAUACUUCCUACAAAAUCUUACAGCAGAAAGUUGAAUCAGAGCUAGAAAUUGGGCAUGUGCUUGACAAGUACACCUUACAUCCAAGAAGACAGAAGAAAAAGGAAGAAAUAUUUUUGGAAGAGAGAGUUUUUGAGACAGCAAAAACUACUGAAAAAGUAUCAACAGAAACAAAGGAGCUAGAGUUUGGUGGAAGAAUUGGGGCCUUCUGCAUGAUAUUUUUCCUGCCUGCCACUGUGUUUUAUUUGCUGUUGAUGUGCAAACAGGAAGAUCCCAGUGUUAUGAACUUCCCUCCUUUGCCAGCAUUUGACAGUUUAUGGGAGACCAGAGUGUUUGGUGUCUUUCUUCUGUGGUUCUUUCUUCAAGCUCUGUUUUCAUUACUGCCAGUUGGAAAGGUUGUAGAAGGAAUGCCACUUUUGAAUGGAAGAAGGCUACAGUACAGAAUAAAUGGAUUUUAUGCUUUUGUCCUGACUGCUGCCGCUGUAGGAAAUUCUUUAUAUUUUGAAAUUGAGCUUCAUUAUUUAUAUGACCAUUUUCUGCAGUUUGCAGUCUCUGCUGCAGUUUUUUCUUUGUUGUUGAGCCUUUAUCUCUAUGCCCGGUCCCUGAAAGCACCUAAGGAAGAACUGUCACCUGGUGGAAAUUCUGGGAACUUUGUUUAUGACUUGUUCAUUGGACGUGAAUUAAACCCUCGCAUUGGAAAUUUUGACCUCAAAUACUUCUGUGAGUUGCGUCCAGGCUUAAUUGGCUGGGUUGUUAUUAACUUGUCAAUGCUGUUGGCUGAGAUGAAGGUACAGGAUCGUAAUGUGCCAUCUUUGUCAAUGAUACUGGUUAAUAGUUUCCAACUUCUCUAUGUGGUGGAUGCUCUCUGGAAUGAGGAAGCUAUCUUGACUACAAUGGACAUUACCCACGAUGGGUUUGGGUUCAUGCUAGCAUUUGGAGAUUUGGUAUGGAUUCCAUUCGUCUACAGUUUACAAGCCUUCUAUUUAGUCAAUCAUCCUAGUGAAAUUUCUUGGCCUAUUGCUUCUGCAAUUAUUAUUCUGAAUAUCUUUGGGUAUUACAUUUUCCGUGGUGCAAACUCUCAGAAAAAUGCAUUUCGGAGGAAUCCAAAUGAUCCCAAAUUGGCUCACUUGAAAUGUAUUCCCACUGCAGCUGGAAAAAGUCUUCUAAUCACAGGCUGGUGGGGCUUGGUUCGUCACCCUAACUAUCUAGGUGAUAUUAUGAUGGCUCUGGCUUGGUCCCUAUCAUGUGGUUUUAAUCAUAUUUUGCCAUAUUUCUACGUGAUUUGUUUCACCUGCUUGCUUAUUCACCGAGAAGCUCGUGAUGAACAUCAGUGUAAGAAAAAAUAUGGCUUGGCAUGGGAAAGAUACUGUCAACGUGUACCAUACCGUAUAUUUCCAUACAUCUACUAAGGUACUCCAGGAACUUGUGUUGCAAACUACGUCUGCAGUUACGCAUUCUUUGCAAAUAAAAACAUGCCCCAUACCUUUGCA